UUUUCCAAUAUGAAAAUGCUUAGUUUAUUUUGAUUCGCACUUUCGAUCUGGAAGAUUUAAAUAGUGAGAUUCAAGUCGAUUCAAUACUGGUGGACCAACGAACUACAAGGUUGUCAUCAUGACAGAUACGGACUUAGGUGAUUUGUAUGCUUAUUCAGGUACGUCUCAUGAAGGUAUAGGAUGUGAUGUCUGCGGUGUCUGUCCAACACGGGGUUACCUCUGGAAGUGCAGGGAUUGCCUCGCCUAUGAUAUGUGCUCCACGUGCUAUGAGAAUAACAGAUACAUGCACGAUAUGUCGCAUUCAUUCAUAAAAAUGAUACAUCAAACCAAAGUGUUAGCUCAUGUGGAGGGAUCUCGUGCAAGUAGCUUUCAAGCGCUGCCGACGAAAAGAGACCGUUCAACCAAUAACGAUUCAGGUACGUCUCAUGAAGGUAUAGGAUGUGAUGUCUGCGGUGUCUGUCCAAUACGGGGUACCCGCUGGAUGUGCAGGGAUUGCCUCGCCUAUGAUAUGUGCUCCACGUGCUAUGAGAAUAAAAGAUACAUGCACGAUAUGUCGCAUUCAUUCAUAAAAAUGAUACAUCAAACCAAAGUGUUGAAAGAACAAAAAGAAAAACUCGAAGUACCAGAAACACCGUCUUUUUUGCCAUCUGAUUGGACUAAGAUGAAACCCGAUGAACACCUCAAAAAAGUUAAUUUGGCAUCUUCAAGCGAAGAAUAUAUGACCGUGCUGGGCAAGUUCACUGAAACGCUUGACAAAGACAUCAUCAGUAUACGCAGAGUUCAAAACAAAUUUCUUUGGGAGGUUUACUUUCUCAAACGCAAGCAGAUGGAGGGCAUGAAUGGAAAAAUCGGUGCGAACGAAAAGAACCUCUUCCAUGGAACCAAACCGGACAUAAUCCAAUCUGUGUGCGCUCACAAUCUCGACAUGCGCCUGGCCGGAACGAACGUCGGUGCGAUUUUAGGCAACGGCACAUAUUUUGCUUUGAAAGCAAAGAUGUCGGAUUCGUACGCUACGCCUGAUCAUGAAACGGGUCACAGGUUUAUGUUGCAGUGUCGUGUACUGGUGGGACACUGUACUAAAGGGAAAAAGGAUUUACGUAGGCCGCCUGAGGUAGCCCAUAAAUCGGAAGGUCAGAUCAGACUAUACGACAGCUGCGUGGACGAUGUCCGCAAUCCCAGCAUAUUCUGCAUCUUUGACCACGUUCAGUACUAUCCAGAGUACAUCAUUGAAUACAAAUAAAUUACUUAACAUAUUAACGAAUAACUGUUUAGAUUUUGCACAUGCCCUGAAUGCAUUAUUUGAUCAUGGCUUGUGAUAACCGGAAUAAAAAUAAUUACUGUGACCAAAUAUCCUCCUAGAUCAUAUUUAUGUCUAUCAAUAAAGAGAAUAACAGGU